AUGUAUUCAACUCGCAGUGCAGCCAACCGACUAGCACGCCACAACAGCGGAGAGCGCUCCUGGAACCCAUACCAAAUAUUCGGCAAAAAAACACACAACCGAUCGAACUCUAUGCAGCUUGAGAAUGGACUGACCCAUACCCGGAGUAUGGGAGACCUCCCCGCAGACCAGCAGCGUCGAGAGGAAAUGAACGCCGGAAUCAGCGUCCCGGAGUACUCGAACACGUUCCCGCCGGAGCUCGCUGGCAGCGACCAUGAAACACAGAAGUCUCCGCCUGAGCCGUCCAUGGCUAGCCAGGAUCCGAUCAAUGUCCCAUCGGUGCGCGGGACUGAUACUGAGACUCUUGGAUCCGCGCAAACGCGUCAGCGGAAGGGUGGCAUCUUGGGCAAGUUUAAGCAUCGCCAUGAUGACGAUGAGUUGGAGGAUAAGAAGCCCCACCAAAAAUUCACUUUUGCCUCGCAGUUAAGGGCUACUAUCUUGAACUCGUGGAUCAACGUUCUUUUGAUCGCUGCGCCUGUUGGAAUUGCUCUUUUUGCCGUCAAAGCUAAUCCGAUUGCCGUCUUCGUCGUUAACUUCAUUGCUAUCAUUCCUCUUGCUGCCAUGCUCAGUUUCGCAACCGAAGAGAUUGCCCUUCGCACGAGUGAAACAAUCGGUGGUUUGCUUAAUGCAUCAUUCGGUAACGCCGUUGAGUUGAUCGUUGCAAUCAUUGCAUUGGUUCACGGCAAAACUCUCAUAGUGCAGACCUCGCUCAUCGGAAGCAUUUUAUCCAACCUGCUCCUGGUGAUGGGGAUGUCCUUUUUGCUCGGUGGUAUCCCUCGCGUAGAGCAAAACUUCAACGUGACGGUUGCCCAGACAGCCGCGAGUAUGCUCGCGUUAGCUGUCAGCAGUUUGAUCAUCCCUACUGCCUAUCACAGGUGGUCUGACCUUAGUGAAAAAGACGGAACCGCCGGCCUAUCUCGAGGCACCAGUGUCCUUCUUCUAAUUGUGUACGGCUGCUACCUCUUCUUCCAGCUAAAGUCGCACGCCGAAGUUUACAACCGUCCCAGCGAGAAGGUUGAACGGCGAACCGCUAAAGUCAGCGAAGGCGAUGCCAGUCGGGGCAUCGCCCAGAUCGGAAAAAUGACUGCCGUGCCGUUGGUCGGACAGAGCCCGGACCACAUGCAAAUGGAGGAUCUCGAUGAUGAAACUGAGGAGCCGCAGUUGUCUGUUAUGACUGCCAUCCUCACGCUCAUUAUCUCGACUGGGUUUGUUGCUGCAUGUGCUGAGUUUAUGGUUGAAUCCAUCGAUGCUUUGACAGCUACCGGUAACAUCGGCGAGACAUUCGUCGGACUGAUCCUUCUUCCUAUCGUUGGUAAUGCGGCUGAGCACGCUACCGCGGUGACAGUCGCGUGUAAGGAUAAGAUGGAUCUUGCUAUUGGAGUCGCGGUCGGAUCCAGCAUGCAGAUUGCGCUGCUUGUGUUGCCGUUGAUUAUUGUUCUUGGAUGGAUCAUUGGUGAAGAGGCUAUGACUCUCAACUUCGAUGGGUUCCAGGUGAUUGUCCUGUUUAUGUCUGUUCUUUUGGUCAACUACCUCAUUGGUGAUGGCAAGUCUCACUGGCUCGAGGGUGUCUUGUUGAUAAUGAUGUAUCUCAUUAUCGCUCUUGCGUCUUGGUACUUCGUUGAAAUCCCACACCCAGCAUAG